AUGUCGCAGCCCGUUAUCCUCUUCGACUUGCCAAGUCGUGAUCCGUGCAAGUGCUGGUCUCUGAACCCCUGGAAGACUCGGCUUCUCCUCAACUUCAAGGGCAUUGACUACAAGACGGAAUGGACCGAGUAUCCCGAUAUCCGGGUCAAAUUUCAAGACAAAUUUCCUAUUCCCGAAGGGGCGGCGACUUACACCAUCCCUACUGUAAAGCUCCCUGAUGGCAAAUAUAUCACGGAUUCGAUAAAGAUCGCCGAGUACAUCGAGGAGCACUAUCCGUCUCCGAGCAUCCAUCUCGAUUCGCCCUACGUUCCAAAGAUUCAGAAGCUCAUCGCUACACUCAUGGAGCUUGGCACCGGGCUGCGCGGUGUCUUCCUCGCCUUGGUUCCAGAACGUCUCCUCAACCCCGAAAGCGUCGACUACUGGAUGGAGACCCGCUCCAAAAUGCUGCAGAGACCGCUCAGCGAACUCACAGCGGAUGAGCGAGGGGGGAAGGCCUGGGAUCAUGCGGCCAAGUCGCUGCACGAAGUCACUCGGCUUCUGAAGGAGAACGACGGCCCCUUCUUCGCGGGGAAGACCGUCACCUAUGCCGAUUUCUACUGGGCCGGUUUUCUCCUCUUCUUCCAGAGGUUUGGAACCGAGGUGUUCGAGAAGCUGAUCAGCUGCACUGGUGACGGGGAAGGAGCGGACAACGUGCACUUGAAGCUGCUUGAGGCCGUCAAGCCAUGGUCUGAGAGGGAUGAUCACUGA